AUGUCGUUAUUUGAAGCUUGCCAAAACGUAGAUAUUGAACAAGUUAAAUCUUUAAUUGAACAAAAAUAUGAUAUUAAUCAAUUAAAUGAACAAGGUCGAACAGCACUUCAUUAUUGUUGCGAUCAUAAAAAUAUUGAUUGUGCUUGUCUUUUAUUACAAGCUGAAAAUUCUAUUAUUAAUAUAAAAGAUAAUGAAGGUUUUACAGCACUUCAUUUAGCUUGUUUGAAUGGAAAUUUAAUUAUGGUAAAAUAUUUUUGUGAACAAGGUGCAGAUGUAACAUUAGUUGAUAAUGAAUUACAUUCUCUUAUUCAUUGGAUAACAGUCUGUGGACAUGUUGAUCUUUUUGAUAUUCUUGUUCAAUACCAAGCACCGAUACAUACAUCUGAUAUUUACGGAGCUUUUCCAAUUCAUUAUGCAUCACAAUUAUGUGGAAAUAAUGAUCCGGCUAAAAAUUUGACUAUUUUAAAAAAACUAAUUGAUAAUAAUGCUGAUGUUAAUUGUCUUGAUGAACAAAAACGAACACCAUUUAUUUGGGCUGCUAGUGCAAAUGCUAUAGAUGCAUUACGUAUAUUAUACAAAGCUAGUGCCAAUCCAUUACAUGCUGAUAAAGAUUUUCUAACUGCACUUCAUUGUGCAGCAACUUGUGGACAUGCAUCUUGUAUUCGACAGUUAGUCGAGUUAUAUGGAUGUCCAGUAGAAAGUUUGUAUCAAACAAUUAAUUUUUUUUCUUCGUUAACAAUCAAAUUUUAUCUAGGUGAAGAUAUUAAUGGUUGUACACCUUUAUUUUAUGCUAUUACAUUUGAACAUUUGAAUGCUUAUCGAAUUUUACUUGAUUUAAAAGCUAAUCCAAAUCAUAAAGAUAAUCGUGGAAGAACACCAAGUCAUUGUGCAGCAUUAAAAGGAAAUAUUGAUUGUUUAAAAUAUUUAAUAGAAUGUAAUGCUGAUAUUUGGAUAAAAAAUAAACGUGGUGAUUAUCCUCUAUAUGAAGCAAUUAAUUCAAUAUCACUUAGUAAAGCUCGUCAUCAAAAAAUUGAUCUAUCACAAUUACAAACCGGAUGUUCUAAUGUUGUUCGAUUUAUAUUUCAAUUAUAUCCUAAGAAAGUUAAUAUUCAAAAUGAUGAACAUAGAACACCUCUUCAUUUGGCUGCUACUUUAGGAGAUAUAACAAUGUGUAAAAUAUUAAUUGAAUGUGGUGCAAGAGUUAAUUCAUUUAUUCAAACAACAGCUGGUAAUUUUUUAACACCAUAUGAUCUUGCUCGUAUUCGUCAUCAAGAUACUUGUGCUGAAUAUCUUGUUUAUAAUCAUGGUGGUCAACGAGGCAAUUUACUAGCAAAUAUUUUAGCACGACGUAUUCAAAAAUAUUUUCAUCAGUAUAAAAUGAAAAAAAUUUUAAUAGAAAAUCAACAUCGAGAAGCAUUGACAAAAAUGCCUGAAACUAAUAAUAGAAAUUCUUCUAUAUCUGAAGAUUCUUCUUCUCAAUCAACUCUUAAAUUAAAUUCGGCAAAAAAAUCAACAGAUCAUUUACUAAAUCAAGCACAAUUAUGUUUACAUAAUAAAAUAACUGAUGAUCGUUUUAAAGAAUUUAAAAUAAAUUCAUCGAAAUCUGAAACAUAUUUAAUAAAUAAUUCAAAAAAAGAAAAACAUACAGCACAACAACGACGUCAUAUAUUUUCCGAAUCAAAAACAAUAAUGACAUCAGUUAAUCGUAGUGAUGAUCAUGAACCAAAUCCAUCACCUCGAAUAAUAAUUCAUCCAUCAAAUUCUAUUACAACAUCAGUUAAACUUUAUGAACGACAUAAAUUAAUAGCAGAAGAAUUAUUUAAAUUUAAAGAAGCUCGAAUUCGUAAUCAUUGUAUUAUUAUCAAUCGACAAUUAUAUAAAAUUUUAAUUGAAAAUGCAUUUAAUCCACAAAAUCGAUGUAUUGCUGAAAUUGAAAAAUAUCUUGAAACAUUAUUAAAAGCAUAUGAAACUGAAUUAGAAGCUAUACGAAAACGAACUAAAAAAAAAGUACUUAAAUUAACGAUGGAGAACACAGAAAUAGACAAUCAAAAUGUCUCUAGUGAAACUAGUAAACAUCGUUCUACUAAAACCAAACGUGCACCGAAAGCUCCAAGAAACGAAACAGAGAUGCCAAUAAAAAGUACUGAAAACAAGAGAAAAGCACCCAAAAUUCCAGCUACGACAAAUACUCAUGAAUAUGAGCAUGCGGAUGAAACAGAAGUGCAGGAUACUCUUGAAAAAGAGAAUACUAAUCAAGAAGAAUAUAUCCUUGAUCAAGAAGUCCCAAUUAAAUCAAAGAAAAAACGCGCACCAAAAAUCGAAAACCUUAAUGAAAAUAAUGACUUAAUACCAAUAGAAGAACCUGUUGGAAAGAAAAAAUCCAAAGCACCAAAACUUCCUAUAGAUGAUAAUAAUGAUGAUUUUCAAAUUACUGAAACUUCAUCUAUGGAUCUAUUAGAACCAUCUAUUGAUAUAAAACCUAAAAAGAAAAAAUCUAAAAAAUCCAAACUACCAACAUCAACAUUGUCUGCAUCAUUCGAAGAUUUAAGAAAUACUAAUCUUGAUGAUAUAUCUCCUACAGACCAAGAAAUAGAUGUCAAUGAAAAUGAUGGUGUUCCUUUUAUUGAUAUUGAAAAUCUAGCACAAUCCGAAAAUAAUACAAGCGAAUAUGAAACAGUUAUCAUGGAUGCAUUUAAUGCUUUAGCAUCGAAUGUUAAUUUUCUUGAGUAUGUUGGUGAUGAUCAAUGGACUAUUACUAAUUUACCGAGAUCAGCUCGUACAGAAGGAAAAUCUCGUAUAAAAAAAAUUUUACCCGGUGGUAAUAAAGAUGACAAAUUCGCAAAAAAAUCAUCAGCUUCAAAAACUAGUUUUUUAGAUCGUUUUCGUCAUAGUGUAAAUACGCUUGUACGUGAUGAAAACAAUUUGCUUUUUGGUGAACCUUCAAAUUUUGAUCAAAAUGAAUAUGACGAUCCUGAUGGUGUUGAUACUGAUGAUUUAAAUCGUUAUGCACAAAUAUUACGUGAAUUAGAAGAUAAAGAUCGUGAAGUUAAUCCUGAAUUUCUUGUACUUCGAGAUGGAAAAACUCUUUAUGGUGUACAUGAAUCUGAUGCUGAUGGUAAUAUUAAAUUAGCUAAACGUAAACCAAUUUUUGAUCGUUUUGCUGAUCAAAAAAUUGAUGAACAAUCGAGAAAAAAGACACUUUUAUCUUUUAUUAAAAGUCCAUUCAAUCGAAGUAAAGAUGGAAAAGAUAAUAAAUCACCCAAAUUAGACAACGCAACACAAAAUACUCAUACGCAAGGAAAAUCAAGUAGCAAAUCUUUUAACGAUGAUGUAACUAUGGUAGCAUACGACGAUUCAUUUAUGAAUUGA